AUGUCAGACCUCCAGAUGGUGCUCAGCGACACAACGGCGGCCAGCGCCGUGACCGGGAGCGCCAUCGCCGCCUCGUACAAUGACCAGAUACGGCCCCUCCUGGACGCCGUGGACCGCCUGCGCCACCUCAAGGUGACGCAGGAGGGCAUCCAGCUCCCGACGAUCGUGGUCGUGGGCGACCAGUCGAGCGGCAAGUCGAGCGUCCUCGAGUCCCUGGCCGGCAUCAGCCUCCCUCGCGGCCAGGGCAUCUGCACCCGCGUGCCGCUCGUCAUGCGGCUCCAGGACGACCCCGCCGCCGACUCGCCGGUGCUUCAGCUUGAGUACAGCAACGGCCGCGUGGUGACCACCACGGAGGCCAAUGUCGCGGACGCCAUCAACGCCGCCACCGCGGAGAUAGCCGGGUCAGGCAAGGGGAUCUCCGACGCGCCCAUCACCCUCGUCGUGCGCAAGCGGGGCGUGCCCGACCUCACCCUCGUCGACCUCCCCGGCAUCACGCGCGUGCCGGUCCAAGGCCAACCCGACGACAUCUACGACCAGAUCGCCAGGAUCAUAAGAGAGUACAUCGCGCCCAAGGAGAGCAUCAUCCUGAACGUGCUCUCCGCCACGGUCGACUUCCCGACGUGCGAGUCCAUCCGCAUGUCGCAGCAGGUGGACCGCACCGGGGAGCGCACGCUUGCGGUGGUCACCAAAGUCGACAAGGCACCCGAGGGCCUGCUGGAGAAGGUCACCAUGGACGACGUGAACAUCGGCCUCGGGUACGUCUGCGUCCGCAACCGCAUCGGCGAGGAGACGUACGACCAGGCGCGAGUCGAGGAGGAGCGGCUGUUCAAGUAUCACCCGCUGCUGUCAAAGAUUGACAAGGACAUGGUGGGCAUUCCUGUGCUCGCGCAACGUCUCGUGCAGAUUCAGGCGACCAUCAUCGCCAAGUGCCUGCCGGACAUCGUCAGGCAGAUCAACGACCGCCUUAGUCGCAGCAGCACCGAGCUUGACCAGAUGCCACCGGAUCUCAACAACGUUGCUGACGCUGUGAGGGAGUUCUUCCACAUCCUCAAGCUGGUGUGCGCAUCACUGGAGAAGAUUCUUGUGAGGAGUGAGUUUGACGAGUACCCCGACGACAGCCAUUUCCACGCCACUGCCCGUAUUGCCGAGAUGUUCGACAGGUAUGCGAAGAAGCUGCCUGCACAAAUCCCAAAGGGCAGUGACCAGCUGUUUCUGAUGGAGGAGAUGAGAGUGCUGUAGGAGACCAAGGGCAUCAACCUCCCCAACUUUCUGCCAAGGUCGGCAUUCCUCGUCUUGCUCAAGAAGAAGGUGGAUACAGUCAUGCAGGUGCCGCACGACCUUGUGAACGAGGUCUGGAAUUACGUCGAGGACAUUGUCGUCAAGGUACUCAUGCAGCAUUCAGACAACUUCCCUCAGGUGCAGUCGGCCUGUCGCCGCGCAGUCCAGGGCAUGUUCGAGAAGGCACGAGCGCGAUCUGCCCAGCACGUCAAGGAGCUGAUCGAGAUGGAGAAGGUGGCCGACUACACGGCCAACCCCGACUACAUGAAGACAUGGUCGGAGAUCAUGCAGUGUCAUGACAGGUUCAUGAAGGCCGUGGAGGACAAGUCCAAAUCAGCAAAGAUCACCCUUGAGGUUUUUGGAGAGGUGGACGUGUCCCACAUGAGGGCGCACGCCGACCUGGCAAGGCAGGCGUUCGACCUCAGGGCGCGCCUGACCGCGUACUGGAAGAGCAUCAUGCUCCGGCUCAUCGACGGCCUGGCCCUGCACAUCCUCCUCGGCGUCAAGCGGCUCGUGGAGAAUGAUCUGGAGGAGGAGCUCGCCAACGAGCUGCUGCGCAACAAGAUGGCCGGGAUGGAGCGGAUGCUCACGCCGUCGCCGAGCAGCGGCACCAAGCGCGAGCGCCUCAAGAAGAGCAUCGUGCUGCUUCGCCAGUCCAAGGAGGUUGUGGGGAGCAUCAUGGACAGGAUCUGCGCCUCAGGUGAACUCGUCUGAGCUGGGCAUGUGAUGAUGUGCCGUUGGGGAUUAUGGCUGGUACUCCUUUUUUUUUUUUGAAACUGGGUACUCCAUAUUUUGGAUGGUGCGGUUUGGUGUGACAAAUGCUAUGGUUCUAGUUAGCAUGCUGGGUCCUGUUAUGUUAUCAACUUUAAUUCCUCUGAGAACCUUAUGUUCUGUUAUGGAAUCGUACUGCAAGUCC